AUGGCGACGGCGAUGGACACGACGGUGCCGAGGAGCGGGUUGGGGGAAGGCGGCGGCGGCGCCGGCGGGCUGAAGAAGGGGCCGUGGACGCAGGCGGAGGACAGGGUGCUGCUCGACCACGUGCGGCGGCACGGCGAGGGCAACUGGAACGCGGUGCGCCGGGAGACCGGGCUGCAGCGCUGCGGCAAGAGCUGCCGGCUCCGGUGGGCCAACCACCUCCGCCCCAACCUCCGCAAGGGCCCCUUCUCCCCCGAGGAGGAGCGCCUCAUCCUCCGCCUCCACGGCCUCAUCGGCAACAAGUGGGCGCGCAUCUCAACGCACCUCCCGGGGAGGACGGACAACGAGGUCAAGAACUUCUGGAACACGCGCCUCAAGCGCCGGCAGCGCGCCGGCCAGUCGCUCUACCCGCCGGACGUCGAGCGGGAGAUCGCCUUCAUGCGCGCCCAGAACAUCAACCCGUUCGCCGACGCGGACGGCAACACCGCGGCGUCGCCGUUCUCGGACCCGUUCGCGCUGCCGCCCAGGCCGCCGUCGUCCACCAAACCGGCCUCUCACUCUCACUCCUCGCCGCUGAUCAACCAGCACUACCCGCUCCUCAACGAGAUGCAGGGGAUGCAGAUGCGCCACCACGCCGUCCAGCACGCGCACCCGCAGCCGGCGUUCCAUCACCACCACGGAGGCAUCAGGUUGCCGGGGCUCCCGCCGUUGCCGACUAGGCCGCGCGAGCUCCCUUCGAACCAAAUCGAGACGGCGAGCUGCAGCGGCGGAGCCGACGGCCUGCUCGAGGCGCUGCUGCUCGGCGUCGACGAACAUCAACUCCCCCGUCCCAACCAUGGCGUGUGCAGGGCCGGCUCCAUGCCCGAUCUCAUGUACGGCGGCGUCUCGAGCGGGAGCGACAGCGACGUCACCUCGCAGUUCCCUCCCGGUCCCGGAGGCCAGGAUCCGCACCAUGGCGGGAAAUGGGACUUCCUCGUCGAUGAUGUGAAGCCACCAAUGAGGAGGGCGACAAGCGCGGCGGAGAACGAGACCUCCGGUAUGUUCGGCGUGGCCCAUGGGUCGAUAUCAGGGGAGUGGUUCGGUACCGGCGUUGGGUCGCCAGGGCCGUCGUCCGUCGUCACCACGGAGGAUGAGUUUGGCCUCGAGAUGCAGCAGCUCAUGUCGUCGCUGCCACUGUCGGCCGACGAGCUUAACUGGAACGCUUAAUUGGUAAAAGAAAAAGGGGAAAUUAAAGACAUAGGGCUGGUGUUUCUUUCUGUGGGAGCAGAAGAUGCCUUCUUUUUGUAUCGAGUGAGUCAUAUUGUCGGGUCUUGCUAAUGAUGCUAUAAGAAGCGUUUCGCCCCAUGAUCAGCUUGGGUGUCAAAAAACAAACAGAGACGAAAUCCCUUGUUCUUAAUUGAAGGAACAAAAAUAGUUUCAAUUUUUUAAAGGAA